AUGACGCGAAUGCGCGGUGCGCUGCGCUGUCGGGGAAGAUACGCUCUUCCCACUGCUGACGUGUUAGGUCUCGUCGACAGCCUGUCGUAUGGCGUAGCAGUUAGGACGAGGAACGAUCGAUACAGUCGUAUGCGAAAACGGAUUAAUGUCUUAGUUAGAAACGUGGAAGGAGGCGUGCCUCCCACCGUGACGAGCCCGCCGCGGCGCGUUCCGCGCGCGCGUCGUCGUCGACGACGUCGGCAUCCGGCGCCCCCCUCCGUCGCCUCGCGAGAGGCGCGGUCGCGGAGGGACGCCGUCACGUGGACGUCGUCGUCGCGCGCGCGCGCGGACGCGGCGCGCGGCGGGCGGCUAAGUCGCUACAGGUACUCCCGCGGAGGGCGCGCGAAGACGGGCAGCGCGCGAGAUCUCGCCGACGAUCCGUCCAUCCGUCGCGCGUCGUCGGGUCCUCUUCCCGUCGUCGCCUCCUCCUCCUCCUCCUCCUCCUCCUCUUCCUCUUCCUCCUCAGCACGCCUUCGUGGAGACGCCCUUGUACACCACGGGCGUCCCGAGCGAGAUGUUCGUGACCGGCACGCCCGGCGCGGUCUUCCCGAACUCCGCCGCGGGCUCGAGCGCGACCCCGUGCUUUCGCUCGUAGCGCGCGGCCAUGCCGCCGUCCGCGGCGCAACACGCGAACGCGUAGUCCUUCGCCGUGUCCUCGCCCGUGACGCAGUCCUUCACCUUCCUGCCGCAGUAUCCGAACAGGCUGAACAAGAGUCAGAACAUCGCGAGCGUGCGUCGCGCGCGCGCUCGAGUGCGCGACGUCGUCGUUUCUUUUUUCGCGCCUGA